AUGAUUCUCUCAUCUCUGGUGUUGCUUGCUUUAGUGGCAUACGCAAGUGGAUAUCGUAGCGUUUGCUACUACACGAACUGGGCUCAGUAUAGACAUGGCAAAGGAACCUUUGUCCCAGAAAAUGUCAACCCUUCACUGUGUACUCACCUGAUUUACGCUUUCGCUAAGCCUCAAGGUCUUGAUAUUGUACCGUAUGAAUGGAACGACGAGUCCACAGAGUGGAGCGUGGGAAUGUAUGACCGAACUUUGAAACUGAAAGAAAAAAAUCCCAGUCUAAAAAUACUUCUGGCUGUCGGCGGAUACAACAUGGGCUCCCUACCUUUCAUUCCGCUAGUAGAGACUGCUGCAUCUAGGUCAACGUUUGCCCAGAACGCCAUCAAUUUCCUGAGAGCCAAGGGAUUUGAUGGUCUAGACAUGGACUGGGAAUACCCGGCUACUGGAGGCAGCCCUCCCACUGACAAACAGAAGCUGGUUCUUCUAAUGCAGGAAAUAAUGAGAGCGUUUGAAGCCGAAGGUCAGAGUACUGGAAAACCUCGAUUGUUGUUAACUGGAGCUCUUCCUGCUGGCAAAAAGAACAUUGAUGCUGGUUUUGAUAUGGCUCCUCUAUUAAGGUACAUGGACUUUAUCUCCAUAAUGACAUAUGACCUACACGGCAGCUGGGAGCCCCACACGGGCAUUAACUCUCCUCUGUACGCUCACACAAAGGAUGUCGGCGAAGACGCCUACCUAAAUCUGCACUGGGUUGCUGAGUACUACGUGUCUCUGGGAGCUCCUAAAGAAAAAAUUAAUAUAGGCAUUGCUCUCUACGGACGCACGUUCACUCUCGACAGCCCAGGCCAUCAUGACAUAGGCUCCCCAGCCAGCCAACCAGGCGACGCUGGCCUGUUUACUGGAGAAAAGGGGUUCAUCUCCUAUUAUGAGAUAUGCGACCUGAUCAACUCCGGAGCUCAAGUGAUAGAUGUGCCCUCUCAACGUAACAGGUACUUGUACAAGGCUCGACAGUGGGUCGGAUAUGAUGAUCUGCAAAGUGUCACUGAAAAGGCGUGUUACACCAAAGAGCACGGGUAUGGAGGAGUCAUGUUCUGGGCACUCGACCUGGAUGAUUUCUUAGGUCAAACAUGCAAACAAGGGACCUAUCCGCUCAUAACAGCUGCCAUCAACGAGAUGGAGAAUCCAUCCCUGGAGAACUGUCCCCCGCCACCAAGUACUGGGGAAGGCAAUGUCACUGAAGCACCGCCAACAAGCUCGCCAUCCCCAGCAACUCCGGCCAUUGUGGAGUCCAACACUUUCGACUGCAGUAAUCAAACUGACGAUUUCUAUCCCGACCCAGAAUCCUGCGACAAUUUUUACAUCUGUGUAAACGAG